AGUUCAAACUUCGCGUAAUGUCUCUGACACAAUCAGCAGUUUCCCGCUGCAGGUGCGGGACUUCAGCAAAGUUCAGAGAGAGUCGAGUCCUGCAGAGACCAGUCAGCGCUUCCGAGUGUCGUCAGUCCACUUCAUGACGAGCUGCAGCUGACUCACCCACACUGAGUCCAGCCAGCACCAGUUAGCUGGGACACUUAGCCGCUAAAGCUAAAAACAACUGUUGCUAGCGGCGGAGUUAGCUUGUUGCUUCUGUUGAACUGAGCUAGCUGCUAACGAUGUAGCAUCAUGGUGGUGUUGAGAGCAGGAAUGUGUCCUGGACUGGACGAGGACUUAGUGAAAGACCUGCGAGCUGCCGACAUUAAGACUGUGGAGGACCUGGUCUCAUCUGACACUGAGGAAGUUGCUCAUAGAUGUUCUGUGUCAUACAAGGCUCUGUUUGCCAUCCGCCGAGUGCUGCUGGCCCAGCACACAGCGUUCCCCGUGUCAGGCGCCGAUCUGUAUGAAGAGCUGCUGAGCUCGACAGCCAUCCUCUCCUCUGGAAGCCCCAGCUUAGAUAAACUGCUGGAUUCAGGCUUCUAUACCGGAGAGAUAACGGAGCUGUCAGGAGGCCCAGGAAGUGGCAAAUCUCAGGUGUGUUUUGGUGUGGCGGUGCACAUUUCUUUCCACCUGAAACAGAGCGUGAUCUUCAUCGACACGACCGGAGGGCUGACGGCCAGACGGCUGCUUCAGAUGUUACAGACUGAGACCAGUAACAGAGAGGAGCAGAUGGAAGCUCUUCAGAGGAUCCAUGUCUUCCGGUUGUUUGACGUCUUCUCUCUCCUCGACUGUCUCUACAGUCUGCGUGCUGGCAGGCUUCAGCAGGCGUCUGUUGGCGGCGGCGGCUCUGUCAAGGCGGUGAUCGUGGACUCGGUGUCGGCUGUUAUCUCUCCUCUGCUGGGAGCCAAACACAACGAAGGCAUGUCCUUGAUGAUCCAAGUGGCAGGAGUUCUGAAGACGAUGGCGAAGGACUUCAACGUGGCUGCUGUGGUCACAAACCACGUGACGAGGGGCGACGGCGGGGAGGUGCAGCCGGGCCUCGGAGCGUCCUGGAGCCACAUCCCCAAAACCAGGGUGCUGAUGGAGAAACUGGACCAGACGUCAGUCGUCAGCUGCUCCAGUCUGCGCUCAGCAACACUCAUCAAGUCCUCCAGACAGCCCUGUCACAUCAGAGCAGAACUGGACCUUUGCUGGUGGAGUCGCUCUGCUGAAAGACCGUCAGGGAAGAGAAAACUGGACGAGACCGACUCCUGCUGAGAAGAACUGUGACGUCUGAUCAAAGGGCGGGACGACGCGCCUCUUCCGGAUACACUCCCAGAUCCAGCCGGACGUCACUCUCUGGGCCCGGCUGUCUUCUUCUGGUUCGGCCAGCGUGUGCGUGGCCGAGGCGGCCUCGUAAUCCGCCACCAGGUCUCCG